AUGCCAGUAGAUAGUACGUCUGUGUAUAUUUCAAGUAUUCUUAUCGAUCUUUUAAAAAAAUCACUUUUCAGCGAUCCUGCCAAUACGAAUGCCGCACAAAACUAUACACAAAUGCUUAUUCGAUCCAGCCCAGAUGAUUCGUUUCAAAAUAUUAUGCGACUGUUGAUACAGCUGUGUAGUAAAUUGAACUCUUCUGGUAAAAAUAGAGGCCAUCAAGUGCUACAGAUCCUGCUUGAGCCUGUUUUAAACCACGUAUCGCAUCUUGGUGAGCGUGAUCGAAUAGUUCAGAUCCUCAAGUUAAUUGGUCCUUCAAAAUAUGUUUUUUCACUUUCUCUAAUACAAGGUAUUAUUGUGGGUUUACUCAAAUCUAAAUCACCCGAACUUGUACAUGAUAUUUUGAACAUUCUUGACGAGGCCAAAUGUCUACAGCACGUGUCGGUAGUCAUUCCUCUAAUCCAGGCUCUUCUUAAUCAGCAUCUAUUUCUUUUGGCCGAGCAACUUUAUAAAGAAGCACAUUCCAUGCAGUUUGAUGCAGAAGAUAUGCUUUUUAUUACGAAUAUUAUGUCGGCACACUUUUUAGCUAUUGGCGAUCUGACUACCAUAACUCAAGAAAUUGAUCGUCUCAUUUCUCAAGGUCGAUCGAUUUCAUGCCAUUUGCUUAUGAUACGUCGAACCGAGCUUAUUUGUAAAUCACAUACUCCAAGGGAUGCAUUUGAAGAACUUGUGCGAUAUAAAUCAAUGGGUGUACCGGUUUCAAGUGGCUCUUUAACACAGAUUAUGAACGCUUUGUACAAAAACAAGCAAUUUUCAGAAGUGAUAGAGGUGUUUCAUUCGUAUAGUGCAUUGGGACUCUCGCCAGAUGUGGUAUCAUGUUCCAUCCUCUGCAAGAUUUUUGUGCUGAAUCAGGACAAAAAUGGCUUAGAUAUGCUGCUUGGAUAUAUGGCUGAAAAGGGUAUCAAGUAUGAUACGAUGUUUUACCAACAAUUACUUUAUUUUUAUCAGCAAUUUCCGUGUAACAAGGAGUCAUUUAAAUUUGUGGAGGAUCUUCUGUUUCAUCAAGUACCAUUAUACAAGGCAGCAACAAGAAUACUUUUGAGCUGGCUUGUGAAAAAUAAGGAAGUUCACUUGGCGCUCAAAGUGUGGCAAGACGGCCAUAGACGGAUGGUUUACUUUGAUAUCAACAGUGCAAAAUCUCUCGCUGCUCUGUGUAUGUAUCAUGGAUUGGAGGAUGCGCGAAGAAACGUGAUUGUACAGUUCAAGGAGUCAACCUAUCAGAAACAAGCAUCGCAACAGCCUGCGCAUUUCAACUACUCUUAUAUGCAAACUGAGAUUGCUUUUGAUGCCCACAAUGAUACUCGUCCCUCUGUCAAAUUUUUUAGUACGCCAGACAUGGAAAAUAUGAUUGAUUCUUGA